AUGCCUGACGCUUAUCACGGCUUAAGUCGCUUCUCGCUCACCCUUCGUGCAUCACCAUCAGUCGCUCGCUCGUUUGCCGUCACCACCCUUCUGCAGCAGCAGAGAGGAGAAGACGAUGAGGAAGAUGCAAACGGCGACCCCUCGAUUGAGAGGGCGGUGAGGGAGGUGGAGGCGGCGACCCGUGUGCGGAUAGUGCUGCGCAUGGCUAACGCCAGUGACUCGGACCCCUUCCAGGCCGAGGCUGCAGCCUUGCAGCUGCUUCUGACAGCGCCACACCCAGACGUGCUGCUAGGGCCACCCACGUCGCUCCAGGCCUCCAUUGUGGGACCCAUCGCCUCUGCUGUCCAGGUGCCUCUGCUGUCGUACGCGGCGUCAGACCCGCUGCUGAACGCGAAUGCACAGCUGCCCUACUUUGUGCGCAUGCACUACGACGACCAGGCGCAGAUGACUGCUGUCUCAGACAUCAUAUCAUAUUACAACUGGACGCAAGUGGUGGCGCUGUUUGAGAGCACCGACAGCGCAUGGAACGGCUUCCAGACCCUCACACGCCUUCUGCAACAGCGGGGCACGGCACGUGUGGUGGCGUCGUGGCAGUUUGACAGUGGGGUGAGCGCCGUGGAAGAUGUGAUGAAGGCGCUGCUGCAGGUGCGGUCGGUGGAGGCGUCUGUCUUCGUGCUGCACCUGCAGAACGAACCCACCAUCCGCCUCCUGCUCAAGACCGCGUCGCAGCUGGGGCUGUUCACGGAGGGGUAUGUGUGGAUCGCGACGGCGGGUGUGAUGUCUCUGCUGGCUGCUGAGCCGCGCCUCUCCAGUACCCAGGCCUCCUGCGAGGGCAUGAUAGGCACGCUGCCUUUUGACGUGCCCACACCGCAUCGCGACGACACUGUCAAGGCCAUCUCUGGCGUCGCCAAGCUCUCCCCCUCCCUGCUGCUCAGCGAAGCAGAGGGGUACCGGCAGGCCUUGUACGCGUACGAUGCAGUGAAGCUCUUUGCCGCUGCUCACCUCGACACGCUUCUCCACCCCCCCGCGCCGCCCCCGCCCCCGUCUCCUUCCCCCCCUUCCCAAGGCAACUCCUCCUCCUCUCCUGCUCCUCCUGCUCCGCCCGCUGCUGCUGCCGGGGGGGUCAUUGAGGGGUUUCAGCAGCUGCAGAUUCGGCAAGGUGGUGAUGCUCUUCUCGCGUCCAUCCUUUCAAGCAACAUGAGCGGUGUCACAGGAGAAGUGUCGUUUACAUCAUCUGGCGACCUGCAGGAGCAGUUCUUCCGCAUUGCCAACAUCCAAUACGGCAUCCGCACUAUCGGGUUCUAUCAUUACCGCGCCAACACCAGCAACACCACCGCUACUACCACUCCUGCCAACACCACUUCUUCCACCAACACCACCGCUGCUGCUCCUGCUGCUCCCAACGCCGCCUCUCCUGCUCCUGCUCCUGCUCCUUCUCCUGCUGCUGCUGCUGCUGCACCCUCGCCUGGUGCUGGUGCUGCUGGGAACGCCAGUACUUCAACUGCUUCACCUUCCUCCUCCUCCUCCUCCUCCUCCUCCUCCUCCAACGCCACUGCAUCGCCCGCUACUGCUGCCCAAGGCCUCGUGUCUAUCGAACAGAUGGCUCAACUGCUUGUUUCCAGGAAGCUCGCAACCCAAGCAGCAGCGCUUGCAGCAGUGAAGGCGAGCAGCACGCAAGCAGGGCCGGAUGGGGUUGGCACGUCUGUGGGCAGUGCUGGUGUGCUGCGAGACGUGGUGUGGCCGGGGGGGACCAAGACCGAGGUGCCAGUAGGCUCCUUCCCAAAGAGCUCUGCACCGCUGCAGAUCGCAGUGCCUGUCAAGCGGGGCUACCACCAGUUUGUAUUCGUGGGCGAUGCACUCUCCAACCUCUCUCGCUCCAACGAGAAGUUCUCCGGGUUCUGCAUCGACGUGUUUAAGGCGGCUGUGGCGCUGCUGCCAUACAACCUGCAGUACCAGUUUGUGGCAUUUGGGGACGGCCAGAGUGAUCCUAACUAUGACACCAUGGUCGCUGCUGUUGCCAACAAGACGUACGAUGCAGCAGUGGGGGAUAUCACCAUCACAGCGCAGCGAGCCCAGCUAGUCGAAUUCACCCAGCCCUUCGAGGCAUCAGGGCUGACAAUGAUCGUCCCGGUGCAGCAAGCGCCACCGGACACGUGGGCGUUCUUCCGGCCGUUCACCCCGGGCAUGUGGGUGCUGCUCUACUUCUCCUUCUUCUACACGGCGCUCGUCGUCUGGUUCCUCGAGCACCUGCAGAACGACGACUUUGGCGGCAAGCUGCACCAGCAGCUCGCCACUAGUGUGUGGUUCUCCUUUUCCACGAUGACCUUCUCCCAAGAGGAGAACGUGAAGACGACGCUGGGGCGUAUAGUGGUGAUAGUGUGGCUGUUCGUGGUCUUUGUCAUCUCCUCCGCCUACACUGCCAGUCUCUCCUCCGUGCUCACUGUCAGCCAGUCCGAACCCACCAUCCAGGACUUCCAAUCGCUGGUGGUGACAAACGAUGCAGUGGGGUACCAGCGCGGGUCCUUCUCCUUUGAAUACCUCCGAGGCGUGGGGAUCAACGAGUCGCGGCUGGUGGCGCUGUCAGACGAGGCGGAGGUGGACGGGGCGUUGAACCGCACGGACGUGGUGGCGAUGGUGGACGAGGAGCCCUACGUCGACAUCUUCCUCUCCGACUACUGCGCCUACAGCAAACCCACCCACGCCUUUGCUACCUUCAACCUCGGCUUUGCGUUUCAGAAGGGCUCAUCACUGGCCAACGACAUGUCCAUCGCCAUAGAGGCGCUUGCACAGAACGGCCAGCUGCAGUCGCUGCACGACCUCUGGCUGCACGGUCGGGGCACGUGCAGCAGCGGGCCGUCACUGCAGUCAAUCCGGCUGGGCCCGGACUCCUUCUGGGGGCUCUUCCUGCUCUACGUCGUGGCGGCGUGUGGGGCAUGCCUCAUAUACGUCGUGCUGCUCGUCUACCGUGGCCUCAAGGCCUUCCAGCACGCCCGCCAUGGCCAUGCUGAGGACAGCGAUGAGCACACCACUCCCAUUGCUCCCAUGCCCAAGCCCAAGCGCCUCAAGAGCCACGUCAGGCAUUACAAGAGCGCUUACACUGCUGGUGUGGAGUGGAGCAUGCAGAGAAACAUGGGGUAUUCAACACGCACCCCUGCCGGAGUGCUCAGCAGCAACGAUCUGUCCAAGUACGAUGUUUCCAGCAUCGACUUCUCGACCCAGCAUUCUUCAGGGGCGGACACAAGCCACAGGCAAGCCCAUCCCGUCACCUCGGACUCCCGUUAUUCUGCCACGCAAAACCCACACACGCCGCGCUCGCUCCCCACACCGCCUGCGAAUCCCAGGGAUCUCCCUCGAUCUCACGACAUCCGUCUCAAGUCACACGCAGCAAUCAUCAUGGGUGUCGAUUCCCCCCGUCGCACGUUCCUCUCCUCUCCCGCCACAGUCAAGCCUGGCGGAAACCCGGCCUACAAGGCCUCGGGAAAUCUCAUCGCUGCGGCUGCGCUUUCCGCUUCCGCCUCCGCGGCUUCCGCGACGGCUGCCGUCGCGCCUCCGCCGGCUUCUUCCGCCACCGGCGCUUCCCCGCUCUCCGCGGGCCUGUCUCCGCACCGCAAGGCUUCCCCGAGCGCCCUUGCGCUGAUGAUGAUUCGGCGGGAGGCAGCAGCGGCUGGCGAUGUUACUAAAAACGCAUCGUCCUACCUCUCUCCCCGCAAGAACAGCAGUGGCGCCGCCGCCAACGGCACCAACGGCGCCGCCGCUCCGGAUGGAUUAUCCUACGCGACGGCCGAUGCCGCGACGGCCGGAUUCGUGUCUCUGAGUCUGGGCGACUCGGCGGACACGGCGGCGCGCGCAGCCAUGAAUCUCCUCUCGCUGGAAGACGCCCAGAACGCGAAAGUGCCACCGCCGCCUACCACGCAGCAACCGGCGGCCGUGCAGAACGGGAGCGCCGGAUCGCCGCUCCUGAAGCGCGUGGGCUCCGCCGUCGCCGCCGCCGCCGCCGCCGCCGCCGCCACUAAUUCGCCUAGUAAAAUCGGCACGACUGCGUCCCCUCCGACGGCUGCGCCGGCGAAGUUCGUGUAUCACGAGGACAGGGUGCGCGUGGUGCGGCCCGAGGACGACGCGGACGGCAAGGCACUGCGCGCCAAGCUGGUGGCGCUGGUGCCGUUCCAGAAGGGACAGCUGAUCGCCAAAAUCGAUGGCGUCUCCUGGGAUGUGCCGUGCAGCUACAGCACGGUGCAGUACGGUGCGCAGCGGCACCUGGAGCUGAACUCAGACCUGGUCUACAUGAACCACAGCUGCGACCCGAACGUGGCGGUGAGCGUGGGCGCCAUGGAAGUGCGCGCGCUGCAGGCCAUCCCUGUGGGCGCCGAGCUCACCUUCUUCUACCCCUCGUCCGAGUGGGAGAUGCAGCAGCCUUUCACGUGCUGGUGCGGCUCAGACAAGUGUGUGCGGCUGGUGGCGGGGGCGAAAUUCCUGACAGUGGACAAGCUGAGCCAGUACUUUGUGAACGCGCACAUCCGUGACAUCGUGUGCAACACGCUCUCCUCCAAGCUGCCCAAGCAGCACGGCGCCAUGUGA